GUGCACUCGCUGCACUUAGCACAGCAUACGCCUAUUUAUGAAGGUCUCGCCUUCACCGGCUUGAGUCCUACAAAUCAGUAAAGAAAAGUUUCUCGUCACUUCUUAGCCCGUAGACUUAAAAGCAUGUUUUUGUCUCUUUCUUCUUGUACUCCCUUCCAAGCGUACCUCAAAAAUGUUAUUUUGUUUGACAUAUUUUAACUAUUGUGUUAGAUGUUUGACAGAUUUUAAGUAUCGUGUUAGAUGUGACCUCUAACGAGUUGAAGAGAGUGGACAAUCCACAGAGGCUUCAGGCUUUGGCAGUACCUUUUUGGUGUUCGAACUUUUGUCCCACCGAGAUCAUCUGAUAGCUGAACAACGAAAGAGGGAUGCUUCGGACAAUCAACAACAACAAAGAGAAGACAAAGGGAUCUCUCCAGGCCUUUUGUCUACACAUAGUUUAAUUUGUUGGCCGGGAUUCAAUUGCCGGCUACAGGUAAAUUAUUCCCAAUCAACACUGGAAUGGCAACACAUUCGACUUCUUUAGUCCAAGUCUCGAUCUGCCUGCUGGAUUACUAAUCCACGUGACAUACCACUAUACCAUUAUAUAUUGAAACUGGAUUCUCCACCAAAGAGACAGGACAAUUCCCUUCCCUUGCUCUUGUCUGACAGGAGAUGCAGAGGAUGACAAUACCCGAGUCUGCAGCCAACACGAGUGAUGGCGCUGGCCGGGGACAUCCCAAGAGCUUUAUCUGGCAGGUGCUUACAGGCCCGUGGUUCAUGCUAUUCGCGACGCUCCUCAUCAUGUCCGUCAACGGAACGUCGUACAUGUUUGGCUUGUACUCCAACGGCAUCAAAUCGUACUUUGGCUAUGACCAGACAACCCUCAACUUGCUAGGCUUCUACAAGGACCUUGGUGGGAAUCUGGGUGUGGUGUCCGGGUUCAUCUAUGAGCUUGCGCCUCCAUGGGCCGUACUCUUGAUCGGGGCACUCAUGAAUUUCUCCAGCUACUUCACAGUUUCGCUUGCCAUCACCGGUGGUAUCCCGAAGCCGCCAAUAUGGCAAAUGUGUCUUUACACGUGCUUCGGUGCGAACUCUCUCUCCUUUCCCAACACCGGGGCCUUGGUCACGUGUGUCAAGAACUUCCCUGAAAACAGAGGGAUUGUCAUCGGCCUACUGAAGGGGUUCAUCGGUUUGAGCGGCGCAAUCAUCACACAAAUCUACCAUGCCUCCUUUGGCGAUGACCCGGAGAAAGUCAUUUUGCUGAUCGCGUGUCUGCCCACAGCUGUGUCCCUAGUUUUCAUCCGGGUGAUUCGCAUUACGAAAGUUUCUCAUCGAGUGAAGGAGGUUGCGAUAUUCUAUCGUCUCCUGUAUAUUGCGCUCGGGCUUGCUGGGUUUCUCACGAUUGUGAUCAUCCUACAGACUAGAAUUAAGUUCACCAGAUAUGAAUACGUCGGGAGUGCCUUAGUUGUCCUUAUGAUGCUGAUUCUGCCACUUGGUUUCAUCGUAAAUGAAGAAACCAAGGUUCGGAAAGCCGAGAUAAAAUGUUUGCCCAAUGAUCUGCCGUCGGAAGUGGUACUGGUAAAUCAACCUCCUGGCAGAACAUCGCUUCCAGAAGCCACGCCAAAUCCUCCAAGAAAAUUGGACCCACUUUCUCGCCUCGGCGACAUUUUAAGGCCACCCAAGAGAGGAGAGGACCAUUCCAUAUUGCAAGCGAUAUUCAACAUCGACAUGUUAAUAAUAAUCAUCUCAACAACCUGCGGGGUGGGAGGAAUCCUGGCCGUGAUCGACAAUCUCGGCCAAAUAGGUAGUUCCUUAGGCUAUCCACCUCGCAGUAUCGCAGCAUUUAUUUCGCUCGUGAGCAUCUGGAAUUUCCUCGGUAGAGUGUUUGCAGGUUUCUACUCAGAGUACCUUUUGACCAAGUAUAAGCUUCCCCGCCCUGCAAUGCUCGCUGCCAUACUCCUCUUCACUUGCGUCGGCCAUGGAUUACUCGCCUGCGCGGUCCCGAACUCCUUGUACAUCACCACAAUGAUAAUGGGAUUCUGCUUGGGAGUGCAGCUGCCAUUGGUGUGCACCAUCAUAUCUGAGGUAUACGGGCUCAAGCAUUUCUCUACGCUUUACAACGUCGGGUCGGUAUCGAGCCCGAUUGGGUCUUACAUUUUCAACGUGAAGGUUGCCGGCCAUUUGUAUGACAAAGAGGCGCUGAGGCAGUUGAGAGCCUCAGGGCUCACGAGGAGAGCAGGAGAUCCAUUGAGCUGCACCGGGAUAAAGUGCUAUCAGACGGCCUUCAUAAUCAUCACGGCAGCCACAUUUUUCGGUUGCCUCGUUUCGCUAGCAUUGGUGCUGAGGACGAGGAAAUUCUACAAAGGCGAUAUCUACGCGAGGUUCAGAGAAGACCGAGAAAACUCAGCAGCCACUUCCGAUGUGACUCCAGGAAGAAAUUGAACUAUUUCUUCACGGUGGUGAAGGGCAUGAGAAACGGGA